AUGGCUGUAUAUUUUUUCUGCCUACGUAAGUAUUCUGUUUUGUUGUUCCAGGGAAUCACGGUUGAGGAAGUGGAAGCAUUCUUCUGUUUCCUAUAUUUUAUUGAGGAUGUUGAUUUGGCACUGCAUUUUUACAAUGUUGCUGGGGCUGGUGUUACCGGUGAAGUGUUGAAAACUGUUGCGCGGAAGGUUGUUGGAAGGGAAAUAUCGGAUCGCGUUGUUGAUGUUGUUAUGACCCUGUUCGAUGAGAAUGAAGUAACGGAUUUGCUCUUGAAAAAUGCUUUUUGUGUUUUCGCAGAGCAGUGCAGUGUCCGUUUAGCGUUUGUAACAUUUGCUGUGUUUCAGGACGGAGUGCUGUCUCAAAGCGAGUUUGUGUCAAUAAUGAAAAAACGGGCAAAGCGGGGUUUGGAGCAACCAAAAGACACUGGACUAAUUAAAAUACUGGACGCAGUGGGCAGAUGUACGAUUACAAUGGCGAAGGAUCUGCUGGUACUUGCGUAG